AUGACUCAAUGUAGAGAAAGAGGUCGAGAAAGUAUAGGGUGUGUAGGCAAGUCAGCAGCUAGGAGUAUUCCUGUUCUUACUGUAAACAUGACUACUAUUCCCACUUCUACUGUUAGUCCUCAAUCAGCUGGUGGCAUAGGUGGUCCAACUUCUAAUCAUAAUAGUAACCCUACAACACCAGAAUCAUCUCCCACUACUCCAAAUCAUAGCAACCCAACAAUUGUAGGUACGCCUUCACAAACCAACCAAGUAGGUGAGGGUGUAUCUCCUCGCAACACAAAUGGAGAAGGUAAUUCCAAUAGGAGCCAUGUGCAGACCCUUGUUACUAUAACUUUUGCAUGCAUACAUGAGUCUUUUAAAAGUGAACUUGAUCACAAUGGAAUCAAUUGGAAAGGUGUCUCAUGUGAUAUAAAGGAUGGCUAUUUUGGGGAAUUCAAGGAUUCUUCCAUUAGUGAUGCUACAAUAAAGAAACAGUGGCAGAUUAAGGCAGCAACUGUGUAUAGAAAUUUCAUUGUUAAAAUCAAAGAGAAAGGAAUUAGGCAAGAUGCUAUACAUAAAGAUGUCUGGAAAAGCUGGCAGCGACUUUGGAAAGAUCCUAAGUGUGUUGAAAAGUCAAAUAUAAAUGCACAAAAUCAUCGUGACGGCAAAGAAGUCGUUGCUGGAACUCACAUGGGAGGAUCUAUCUUAAUUGGAGAGUACCGAAAAAGACUUCAGUUUUGUUGUUGUACAAUGCUCAAUACUUCAUUUUUACAUGCUGCUGAAAUGGGUCGAGAUCCAACACCAAGUGAGUUACAUUUGCAUGUGCACACACAUGGUCAUGACGGAAAAUCUUUCAUUGAUGAACGUUCCCGAAUCGUCCAUCAUAUUACCAAGCUAUCAGAGGAGAAAAGAAGUGAAGAGUAUUUGGUCUUGGAUCUGAAGCAAAAGGCUACUACGGCUUCUUAUGAAUCGGAAUCAGCUGCAGAUUUGGAUUUGGAUGAGUUUGUGAAGCGAUUGAUUCCCGCACUAAAAAAUUAG